GUUGACAGUUCCCACACAAAAAAACUAAAAAAAAUUGUGAUUUGUGAUGAUUUACUUACUACAAAGACCUGUUUUUCUUUAAAUUUUCUGGAAAAUCCAACGUUUUUAACUCAUUAAAUCAACCUUCGAAACCCAUUAGUGUUUUAAAACGCCCAUACCGAAAUUUCACCUCUAAAAUCCAGUUAUAGCAAUUAGUUUUACUUCAAGCUACUUCAAGGAUUUAUUUUAUUAUUUAGAAAUCCCUUUUUUCAGUUUUCGACAAAUUUAUAAGUGAAAAUGUCCAAUAACUCUUACAUGGAUGAUGUUAAAGUGAAGAUAUCUGAAAGGUACAAACCUCCCAUGCGAAUCAGUAUGCCAAUAUCUUUUGCUCAACGUAUAUCCUUUAACAAACAGUUAACUGAUAAUAGGCCAGACUGUAAUUUUCAAUUCGAAAGAGAGGUGAUUGAAAAAAUGGUGGGCUUAAAGGAGGCAAAGAGAACAUUGAAGCAAGAAAGAAGACAAAGACUUGAAACUGCAAAAAAAGAAUUUAAAGAAAAGUUAGAAAAAGAAAAACAAGAAACCUUAGACCGAAUAGAAAAGGAGCAAGCAGAGGCUCGCCUAAAAGAAGAAGCUAGAAUAGUAAAUGCCCAAGAGGAUGUUAAAAUAAAUAGUAGUGCUGCACCAAUAUCCCAUUCAAAUCAACAACCCUACACUAAUCAUAUAAAUUCUUCUAGUCAAAGUUACUUUACCAAAAAUGGUAUUCUUAUGCCAAUACCUGCAACCAGGUGUGACAAUUUGAAUAACAUUCUAAAGCCCGUUCCUACAACUAAUACUUCCCUUCAACCACAAAGGCUUCCUACGUUAUCAAAGCCCUUUAAUUUGGCAGAUUUUGAAUCUGACACCUCUAGCCCUUUCGAUAAUGUAGAAUUGAAAUCAAUUAACGACCUUGAGGAGCUUGCACAGGUUUUAAAGACUGAACAAGCCAGUUACCAACCCAAUCCUUACCCUAAUAAUAGAAUCUAUCAAACUCCUGUAAACUAUAGUAGUUCAGAACCAUCCAAAAGCUAUGUAAACAUCCCUACAGAUAUGAAAAGUUACACUACAUUUCCUCCAAAUGGCAGCUUAAAUUACACACAGAAUUCGAGAUCUUACAUACCAAGCUCCAUAGUUUCCCAGACCCCAAUGAAUUAUAGUCAAGUUUCAAACGCUUACAGUACAGUAAAUACUACUUACAAUCCAAUUUCGACAUAUAGCCAAUAUAGUAAUCCUUAUGUCAACCCUGGCAACUAUCAGGUUCCUAGCACCACAUCCACAUAUAGCACUCAGCAAUUAAACGGUUAUCAUUACAAUGUAACUCCUCAAACAACCAGUCAAGCCCAACUAAAUAAUCCAUAUGGAUUGUAUGGAGUCUCAUCUCAAUCCCUACAAAAAUCUAACUGCAAAAGCGUCCCGGAUUUAGUAAAAAGUAUCGAAAGGGAGCUGGAUAGCACCCACUUGACUGAUCAUUAUGCUGCAGCUGGUGGACGUUCCAUAUCUAGUACUUACACGACUACAGAUGUUGUUAUACCUAGACGGCCUAAGAGUACAGACUCGGUAUAUCCCAAAACGAAGGUGAAGGACGGCACUCAAAUGGUCCUAGACAGGUUAAGCAGGGAACAAAAGGAGAUUUGUAGGAAUAUUAAUCUUAUGGGUUUUCCAUUGGACAGGGUUGUAAGGGUGUGUGAGGUUGUCGGAACUGAUCAGAAGAAGAUAGUUGACCAUUUAUUAGCGCUAUCCGAACUCCUGGAUCUCGGUUUUUCAGAAAAGGCAGCAUCGGAUGCCCUGGUUAAAAACGACAACGAUAGGGACAAAGCAUUGGAGUUGCUCAUCUCUUAAGAUUAUUGGUCGACUACUUAUUGGGCUGUGCUGAAAUGCAUUUUAAGAUUUAAAAAAAAAAGUCGGAGCCAGAUAGUGACGUAUUAAAAUACCGUGCCAACGAAACAUGAUGCACUUCUGGAAUUUUUACCUAGUUGCUUCGAGAGUAAUGUGAGAUAAGACCUUAGUGUACCAUAGGUUUAUAAAAAAAAGUAUAAUAAUGACGUAUGAAAUAAAUAUAAAGCUUUUUUAAAUUAGUGUAAAUCAUUUUUUGAGUCGGUUACUGUAAAUUUUGUAAUGAGUGCGAGUAUUUCUCCGAGCUUGUUGCACUUGACUUAGUUGCUUGAAGGUGUUAUUAAUUUUAUAUCUGAAAGAGCGUAAAUACUCAAAUAAAUAUGUUAUUUAUUAUA